ACUGUAUCAUCCGAUGCUCACUAAAAAAUCGACCGCUUUGGUGCCACAUUCACUCUCGCGUUGAAGCAUGGAGCAGCAUACAGACCCGCCACCGUCUCCGGGGCUGGACGAGCUGCUGCGCGACGAGGACUACGCCGAGAUGGCACUGGAGCCCGCGGCCGUGAACCGCCUCAUGGGCGGCCAGUGCCUCAUGGAGCAGCUCUCGCACCAUGAUGCCACGCACCGCAAGCGACGCCGCGCACCUACCGUCGACGCGGACAUGGAGCUGCAGAGCCCCGACGACGACGAGCAGCCCGAACAGGAGCCACUCUGCUGUCUUAGCGACGUGGAAGACACCGACGACGACGCAGAAGACGGCACCGAUGCGCUCAUCGCCGCAUUCGGAUCCGAGGACCAGAAUCAGAAUCAGACACAACAGGAGCAGACCGCGCUGCGCAGGAAGAAGCUGCCGCACACAUCGUCGGCCUCGGCCAUGCGCGUAUGCCGCUGCGGUAGAGUGAGUCGCGGCUCGUUGCUAGAAAACGAGGCGUUCGACCCUCACAGUGCGUCUAGAGAGUAUCUAGACUUGCAUAUCCGCUAUGCUGUAGUAGUGCGUGUGGUAAGAGUGGAGACUGUGGAUGGUCAUGCUCUAUUCGUGCUGAAAGUGUCCGACGCAGAGACGCAAAAGCGCUGGGAGGUCAGGAAGACGCUCAAGGAGAUGAUGCAGUUCUACUCGCAGAUCCAGCAGAUCAGUCUCGUGGAUGCGCCUGUUAAGAGGCCGUUAUGGGGCACAUUGCGAGGCCUGCGGAGAUUUCGUCUACCCAAGAAGUUUUUCCACUUUCGAGGCUCAUUGAAUACGCAGAGACGAGUGGUUUUCGACUCGUUCUUGCGGCAGACAGCGGCGCUUGUGGCUCCUGCUCCACUGGGGCCGCGACGCAGGAAGGCGGUGCUGUUGCUGCAAGAAUUCGUGGGCGUGCACCGCCAUUGCGACGUGUUUGAUCGCGGUGGUUGCACGUGCUUUUUUCUAAAGAACCAGGUGAGCGCGUCCCAGCUGGUGACCGAAAUCUUCGCGCCAUCUAGCCAUAAGGUUUCGCUUGCCUGUGAGUCGUUUGUAGUGAUUUUAACCAGCAUGAGUCGCGACGAUAAACACGCAACCAUGCCGGAUCGUAAGGCACGAACACUGCUGAACACGGUGUCAAGGAAGAUGGGGGAGAUCAAGGACAUGAUGCUCAAGGAUGAAGUGCUGCUGAGUCAGCUUGCCAUUGCGCGUUCGGAGCGCUCUGAACCGGACUAUGAUGAAUUCCUGGAUGAAGUGAAGCAUGCAGUGUGUGGCUUUGUGCAGAAGCGCGUGCUGGUGCCCCUGGAGGACCAUGUCCACGAAGCGUUGAACACUCUUUCGGACUGGGAAGACGAGAACGCACUGAAGGACAAAAUCAAGGUGCUUCAGACCAAGCCACAGUCGUUUUUCGGAGUGCCACCGCAUGUCGUGGCUGGCUCUGGAAGUGAUUGGGAGGAUGCACGUCGCGAACUGCGUCGUGUGAAUGAGUAUGCGCUGCCGCUAGACAAGCUCAAGUGCCUGGCGCGUGCUGCUGGAGCUAUCUUCCAGACGUGUGGAUCAUCCCGUUCGCCGUCAUCUGUAGGCACGACGAGCAGCUUAACUUCGAUUGAGGAGCUGGACUUGGUACUGCGACCUUCAAUGACCACGGACGAGUUCAUCUCGGUGCAUUUGUUCGUGUUGGUCAUGAGUAAUAUGUCGCAGCUCCUGAUUACGCGGGAGUUUCUGCGGAUAAUGUGCGACCCCCAAGACAUCACCGGUGAGCUCGGCUACUACCUGACGACGUUCGAGGUGGCUGUGGAUCUGCUCAUCAACCACUCGGACCCUCAGCAGCCGAUGCUGCCCGCUGUGUGAUUCAAGCAAGCUGAAAUUGUUAUGUGACGUAUCUGGAGCUUCGUGGUGAUUUUAUGUAAGCGUUACUCUUGAAGGUGUGAUGACUGUGAUCUCUGUACUAGUAGAAAAUAUUAGGAUGAAGAUAUUCUCACUUUUAGUAUUAAACUGGUGAUGAUGCUACUUGUUAAAAGUUAAGCCACUACUGCGG